AUGGCAGGCAGGCCAGGCCAGGCCAGGCGGGGCGAAGAGGGAGGCGGCAGGGGAGCGGCGGGCGAGACACACAGGCAGCCCUCGGGUGGGCCUUCUCCACCUUUGCGCCUGCACGCCGUUGAGCUCGCUCCGGUCGUCGACCAGCACACCUCUUCUCUCGACUCGACGCUCAUCACCUCGCUCGUAAAGGAGGCCUACGUCGCAAAGGUGCAAAAAGUCGUCCCGCACAUCACCCUGCCACCCGAGGUGGCCCCCGAGGGCGUCGUCACAAAGAUUGUCGACACCAACUCCAACCCCGAGCACCGCACCAACCUCGAGGCAGAGCUCCGCCGCGCCAACGUCAUCUGCAUCGUCUACUCGAUCUCGGCGCCCUCGUCCUUCGACCGCAUCCCCACCUACUGGCUCCCCUACAUCCGCUCCCUCGGCAUCAACGUCCCCGUCAUCCUCGUCGGCAACAAGAUCGAUCUGCGCUCCGGCGACGUCACCAACGCCGCCCUCGAGGACGAGCUGGCGCCCGUCAUGGCCGAGUUCAAGGAGGUCGAGACCUGCGUCGAGUGCAGCGCAAAGAUCCCCCUCAACGUCAGCGAGGUCUUCUACUUUGCCCAAAAGGCCGUCCUCUACCCGACGGCGCCCCUCUACGACAGCCGCGAGCACGCCCUCAAGCCCGCCUGCGUCGACGCCCUCAAGCGCAUCUUUCGCCUCUGCGACAGCGACAAGGACGGCCUGCUCAGCGACGCCGAGCUCAACGACUUCCAGCGGAAAUGCUUCGAUGCGCCCCUGCAGCUGUCCGAGCUCGAGGGGAUCAAGGACCUCGUCGCUCAGGCGCCCAUCGGCGGGCCCUACUUUAACCUCUACGACGGCAGCGGCAGCGCCGCCGCCUCGACCAGCUCGAGCGCCCACAAUGGCGCCGCCGGCUUCGACGCCGCUUCGUCGCACCACCCGCACCACUCGCAACAGCACCAACAGCACCCGCAUCUGCGCGACGGCAGCCUCACCAUGGCCGGCUUCCUCUACCUCCACACCCUCUUUAUCCAGCGCGGCCGCCUCGAGACGACGUGGACUGUGCUGCGCUCGUUUGGCUACGGCGCCGACCUGACCCUGGAGGACUCGUUUGUCAAGCCGCCGUUUGCCGUGCCCGCCGAGUGCUCGGUCGAGCUCUCGCCCCACGGCUACCAGUUCCUCACCGACAUCUUCGAGGCCUACGACAAGGACCGCGACGGCGCCCUCUGCGCCGCCGAGCUCGACCACCUCUUCCUCCUCGCACCCGACGGCCGCCACCCAUGGGAGGGGACCGGAUUCCCCGAGAGCACCAUCACCGACGAAAACGGCGCCGUCACCUUGCAGGGCUGGCUGGCGCAGUGGUCCAUGACGACGCUUCUCGACCAUCGCACCACGCUCGCCUACCUCGCCUACCUCGGCUACCCGUCCUUCCCGCAGACUGGCGGGGGCGCGGCAGGGGGGUCCGGCGCGGGAGGCGCGGGUGGGCGCGGCACGAGCGGACGCUUUGUGCCGUCGCCAAUACCGCUCUCGCCCAGCGGCCCGCCCGGCUCGCGCGGCUCGAGGAACCACACGCCCUCGCCGCCGCCCGUCACGACUGCGCUCAAGCUGACGCGGCCGAGGCGCGCCGACCGCAAGAAGAAGGGCGCCGUGCAGCGCAGCACGUUCCUCGGCUUUGUGCUGGGCGCGGCGGGCAGCGGCAAGACGGCCAUCCUGCGCAACAUGGUGGGCAAGCGCUUCGAGCCGGCCUAUGAGCCGACGCAGAAGAUGAUGAGCGUCGUCAGCACCGUCGAGCAGGCCGGAGCCGAGCGGUACCUGGUGCUGCAAGAGUUCGGCUCGCGGUACGAGGCCGAGGUGCUGCGCAACUCGUCGAAGCUGUCGGCCGCCGACGUCGUCGUCUUUGUCUACGACUCGAGCGACACAAACUCGUUCAGCUACAUUUCGAACCUGCGGCAGCAGUACCCGCUGCUUCAGUCGAUGCCGUCGCUGUUUGUGGCGACCAAGGCCGACCUGGACCUGGCGCAGCAGCGGCACGAGGUGCAGCCGGACGCCUACUGCCGCAAGCUGGGCCUCAAGAUCCCCGGGCUGGGCGCGGGCCCGCUGAGCGUGAGCAUGCGCGACGGGCAGGUGGCCGACCUGUACGGCCUCGUGUGCGGCAUCGCCGUCGACGCGCGCGGCGCCGUGCAGGGCGGCAACGAGAGCAAGGCGCUCAGCUUUGCCACGAACCGGUGGGUGUUUUGGGGCUACGUCGUCGUCGCCGUGCUCGGCGGCAGCGGUGCGGCCUACGUCGGCUUCCGGCUGCUCCACCCGAACGCCGUCGGGCUGUCGUCGUCGUCGUCGUCCGGCGGAUGGAGACCCUGGUGGUCGCCCGCCUCGUCGGCAUCCCCGAGGUCAUCGGUGGGCGGGGCGGGCACGCACGGCGGUGCGGGCGCAGGACAGGGCGGUGGGUGGCUCGAGUGGUUAUGGAGGCAGUCGGCGUCGGGCAGCACUGGGAGGAGCGAGCUGUAG